CGCUGUAAGUGUAUCCACCAGGCCUACUGUCUGUUGUAAAUCCUAUUCAUGAGCAGACAGUAACAGAAACUACUGGUAUCUGUCUCUUUAGGCGUGUUCAGCCUGUAUGACCAUAUCAGGAGCACGGAACCCGCGCACCUGUAAGCUGACGUCAUACGCUGAAAGUACCUGCAGCAACUCGUCCAGCUGAACUCAUUCGGUAACUGAAACUACCCUCACGAGAGAAGACAAAGAAGUAAGGACGAAUAUCCGGAAGGGAAUAGCCUAUAUAUUUAAAAUUCAUCUCAAAUCCAGUUAUUUUUUUAAACUUUAAUUGCGAGGAAUAUUGACAGAGCAUUUACAGACAGAUGGGGACCGCCCGGUUCGCGGUUUUGUGCAUUUUUAUCACCGUGUUUCAGGCCUCUGCUUUAGUGACUGCUGAGGAGCCAACAUGUGUAACUGGAUUCCAGUCAGAUUUGUUGAUUUUCAAAGUAUCCAUAACGCACCUGAAACCGAACACAAGACUGGGAAAAGUGGGCUUCACAGACUGCACAGAGCGCACAUCGUUCCUUUUCAGCAGUGAAGACGACCAUUUCAUGGUGCAAAAAGAUGGCAUAUUGAAGGUAAACAGAACGGUUGAUAUUAAUGGACAACGGGAGUUCCUCAUCCACUCCUGUGACUCACAAGGCCUUAAAAUGAGUGUUCCUGUCAAGGUAUUGCACUAUAGGCAUCACCAUGGGAAUCACCACCAAAAUGCUGAGCAUCACCAUGGACACCACAAACACCACAACCAUCAGCACCAUCUUAAUGAAGUGGACUCUGAUAAUCACACAGAGAGUGCAACUGAUCCACAGGUGCCUAUUCUGCAUUUCCCCAAGCCCGGUGAUGGGCUGAGGAGGAGGAAGAGAGACUGGGUUAUUCCCGAACUCACUGUUGUUGAGAAUGACAGAGGACCCUACCCCCUAAAAGUAUCUCAGAUCCGUUCUAAUGAGGAUAAAAUUAAGAAGAUCUACUACAGCAUCACUGGUCCAGGAGCUGAUGAGCCUCCUGCUGGCCUUUUCACCAUGGACAGAGACUCUGGUAAUCUGUAUCUCACACAACCACUUGACAGAGAGGAGAAAGACAAGUAUAUGUUUCAAGCACACGCUGUAUCAGAUGGGUCAGGAAAGGCUGAGGAGCCUAUGGAAAUUGUGGUGAAAGUAAUUGACCAGAACGACAACAAACCUGUUUUCAGUCAAGACACCUACGUGGGAGAAGUUGCUGAGGCCUCACCAAAAGGUUUUGAAGUGAUGAAGGUUGAGGCCACAGACAGUGACCAGCUGAAUAAUGACAACUCAGAUAUCCGCUACAGUAUUUUGAGCCAGGAUCCACAGUUGCCCCAUGACUUCCUGUUUGUCAUCAACUCAGUCAAUGGAGCAAUCAGAGUCAAUGACGGUCGGCUAGACAGAGAGAAAUACCCAAAAUACACUUUGGUGGUACAAGCAGCUGACAUGGUGGGAGAAGGGUUAACGGGAACAGCAAAAGUCAUUCUUACGGUCACAGAUAGCAACGACAAUGCUCCAGCCUUCACUCAGCCCACCUAUGAAGCAACAGUUCCAGAAAAUAAAGUGGAUGCUCAGGUCAUUACAGUGUCAGUAACAGAUGGUGACCAGCCACAUUCCCCAGCCUGGAACGCCAAGUUCACGAUUGUCGAUGGUGAUCCUGGAGGACUUUUCACUGUGAAAACAGGAAGUAACAAACAUGAAGGAAUCAUUUCUACUGCUAAGGGUCUUGACUUUGAGAGGAGCACCAAGCACACUUUGCUGGUUGCAGUGGAGAAUGAGGUUCCUUUUGCUACUCCACUGCCUACUGCCACCGCCACAGUGGUGGUGAAUGUGCAGGACGUCAAUGAGGCGCCGGUGUUUGAUCCAGUGCAGAAGCAUGUGUCCAAACGGGAGGACCUUGCCAUCAACAGUGAUGUAGUGCGAUACACCGCUUCUGACCCAGACAUUGCACGCAAACAGACAGUCGGGUAUAAAAUUAUUAGAGACCCUGCCGGCUGGCUGUCCGUGGGCAAAGACACAGGCGUGAUCAAACUUAAAAAUCUCAUGGACAGAGAGUCCCCCUUCGUCAAGGACAACAAAUACACGGCGCUCAUUGGUGCAUAUGACAAUGAUGAAAUACCAGCCACAGGAACUGGUACUCUAAUAAUCCAGCUCGAAGAUGUCAAUGACAAUGCACCCACCAUUGAGGAACGUGUAAUCAAGAUAUGUAACAAGAAAUCAGCACCUCAGCUGCUGUCAGUAACAGAUAAAGAUGGACCGGGCAAUGCUGCUCCAUACAGCAUCUCUCUACAGGGCAUGUCCAAGACCAACUGGACCGCUAGGAUGAACGAAUCCAAAACGGGUAUCAUCCUGAAUUUAGUCACUGAGCUACCCAGUGGAGAGUACACUGUGCUCCUGAGGGUUGCAGACAACCAGGGCUUGUGGCAGGACAGCACUGUCCAGGCCACAGUUUGUGACUGCACUGGGGAGGAGGUAUCCUGCAAAGGGCGUGUGGCAGGUGGCACUGAACUGCCCGUUAUCCUGGGAAUACUGGGAGGCAUCCUGUUAUUACUCAUGCUGGUGUUGCUGCUGCUGCUAUUCGCAAGACGGAGAAGAGGAGAGAAGGAGGAGCCUCUACUGCAAGAUGACGAUGUCAGAGACAACAUCUAUUACUAUGAUGAAGAGGGAGGUGGGGAGGAUGAUCAGGACUAUGAUCUGAGUGUUCUCCACCGUGGUCUGGACAACCGGCCUGAGGUGUUAAGAAACGACAUGAUCCCAAACUUCAUGCCGGCUCCUCAGUACCGACCUCGCCCCGCCAACCCAGAGGAAAUUGGCAACUUCAUUGAUGAUAACCUGAAGGCAGCCGACAACGACCCAACAGCACCCCCCUAUGACUCCCUGUUGGUAUUUGACUAUGAAGGAGGUGGCUCUGAUGCAGGAAGCCUCUCCUCUUUGAACUCAUCGAGCAGCGGAGACCAGGACUAUGACUGCCUCAAUGAGUGGGGACCCCGCUUCAAGAAACUAGCUGACAUGUACGGAGGAGGCGAAGAUGACAUGCUGUAAAUGUACCAAAGAAUGAAUAGUAUGGAUGGGUGGCUGCACAUAUUGUCAUGUGAAUGUUAGAUCAAUGUUAAGCAUGAACUGAUAAAUGACUGCAUCCCAGGGAAAAUAUAGCACAGCCAGAAAAACAUCUGUGGGUCUACUGAUGAUUUGUUUUUUUGUUUGUUUGUUUUUCUGAGCAUGGGGAUUGUGGUUUAGUCAGUGCAGUGCUAUAAGCAGUUAAUGGCCACUGCGCAGAAGCCAGAGGAUGAGUUUGUUUUUUUUAUACACGAGUUCCCCAUUUUGAAUAAAUAAACUCUAUGUCUGCUUGUUUUUUAGAUCCUUGUUUAGUUCUAGGCUAAAAACUAACUAUGCCUUUUGUUUUUCUGUUCAUUGAGUUGUGGAGCCACAUCAUCAGUUUCAAUUAUGAUUUAUAGAUUUUUUGCAGAUAUAUCAGCCUAGAGUAAAGCUUACUGGGUGACACUGAAUAUGUACACAGAUGUUUGCAGUUGUAUCAGUAACAUUUGUGCAAUUUUGGCAAUGUAUGGUACUUUAUAUUUUUCAGUUUUUUGUUUAAUUAUUUUUUGUGGAGUUUGUCCUACUGCUUCAGUUAAAGUUCACUGUUUUGUAUUUCCAUUUGAGUAAUGAAAUUACAAAUGAUAAAGGGAAAAAUCCAGGUAGCCAGCCAAAGCCACAUCACCCUCUGAGGGCGUGGUCAAUGAGUUGUCAAUAAGUCAGUUGACAUCUUUAUCACAUUGCAAUGUCAAAACACGUUUUGCAAUUACCUCCAAAGGUUCUUUAUUACAAAUGCUUUGUUAAUUUUGAUUUUUUUUUAUACAUAAAGUUUUCUUAAUACAAUAA